ACGGAAAGGCAAUCGAUCUCGACCCAGCUGUUCGCCAUCCAUCGCAUCGAUCCUCUAUACAAACCACAACAUGUUGACCAGAUCAUUCACCCGAGCACUCACCGGCACUGCCCGCACCGCUCCCGUACGUGCGCCUCUCGUCGCCGCUCGCCACUCCAGAUACUACUCCGAGCAGAAGCCCGCAGAGGAGGCGGCAAAGGAGGAGACUCCCGCUGCUGAGGGCGCGAAGGCGGAGGGUGCCCCUACCGUUGACCCUAAGGAUGAGCAGAUCAAGGACUUGAAGGACAAACUUCUCCGCUCCGUCGCCGAUUUCCGUAACCUCCAAGACCGAACAGCCCGCGACAUGAAAUCCGCAAAAGACUUCGCCAUCCAAAAAUUCGCAAAAGACCUCGUCGAAUCCGUCGAUAACUUUGAGCGCGCGCUCAACACCGUUCCCGUCGAGCACCGUACCGAUUCCGCACGCAACAAGGAGUUGGUGGAUUUGUAUUCGGGGUUGAAGAUGACCGAGGAGGUUAUGAUGAGGACGUUGGAGAGGCAUGGCUUGGUUAGGUUUAAUGGGUUGGAGGAGAAGUUUGAUCCGAAUAUGCAUGAGGCGUUGUUUGAGGUUCCUAUGCCUGGAAAGGAGUCGGGGACUGUGUUCCACUGUGAGUCGCAGGGGUUCACCUUGAACGGACGCUGCUUGAGGCCUGCCAAGGUCGGAAUUGUUAAGGGUGACGACUAG